AAGUGUUUAACGAUUGAUUUCGAGAAAAGUGACUUGCCAACUAUUUUCUUUCCAUUGCUAGCAUUAUAAAUGCUAAAAUAGAAUUUCAGAAAACUGAUAAAACAAUUUUAUUUAAAAAUUCUUUGAGAUAGGUAGUUUAGCUUACGAAGAUGCCAAAUAUCUAUGUUCCUAUUAACUUAGCUUAUGAUUUGUAUGAAUCCUCUGAAGGCAGUGACCCCAACUUAACACCUAUAGUUCUUCUUCAUGGACUUUCAUCUGACAGAAGUACGUGGAAAUAUACUGCUCCAAUUAUUGCCGAAAAAACGAGGAGAAAGGUCUAUGCAUAUGAUGCCAGAAACUACGGUGACAGUGAUUAUACUGAUGAAUUUAGUUUCGCCUUAAAUGUGAAGGAUCAUUUUCAUUUUAUGAAUGUAGUAAAUUUGAAGAAAGCUGUAUUAUUUGGACACAGUAUGGGUGCCUUCACUGCAGCUAAUGCAGCCAUUCAGAAGCCAACCAGAGUAUCAAUGGUAAUAACCGAAGACACGUAUCUAAACCCUACUAAUAGAAAACAUUCUGCCUUCAUAUGCAGAGAAUAUUUACGGGAACUCUCAAAAGCAAUUUCAGAGAUUCCUAGCUAUAUGAAUGAAGCGGAAGCGAGGAGGAAAAUAGUUGAUGAUAUGUUCGAAGAAUUAUCGGAAGCAAAUAAAAAGUUCUUACCAAAAGAGAUCUCGUACAAAAUACUCUUUCCUAUCAAAAGAGAUGCUGACGGCAGAUACAGGGCUAAAUAUAAUGAGCAGUCUCUCGACCGAAACUUUAGUGACCCUAGUUUUCUGCAUCCAGAACCUGUUGGUUUAUAUGAAGGGCCUGCUGUAUUUUUUUGGGGUACCAAAUCUAAUAUGGACAUGAUGAGUCAUGUGCCUGAAAUUAAAAAAUAUUUUCCAAAUGCUGAAUUCAUUGAAUUUGAAAACGGUUAUCAUAAUCUACAUGGGCAGUUCGUGGAAAAAUCGGUCGAUACAGUUGUACAAGUUUUGGAUAAAUACAAUAUUUCUUGAUCCAAUAUGAAAAUUACUAUGAAUAAAGUUAUGUUAUGGAAUA